GAAGGCAAGGGGCGGGGUGUGGUUUCAGAGCAUGCCCGGGCUCCACGGCCCCUGAACUUGUGUGCCGUGUUCGGAUUCCAGGGCAUGAGUCCCGACCCUUCCCUCCCCAGCCUGGUAGCCAAGCCGAACCUGGCUCUAGUCCCGGAGCCCCCGAGCCAUGGAGGGCCCAAGCUCCGGCAUUCGCAGGCGGGUAUCUACUCGCAAGAGGAGCCGCCGCAGCUUGGGGGAAGUGGCCGCCGCUGGCCCGCUGGAGCGGGGCGAGGAGCCGGAGGGGAGCGAGGGGAGGCGGCGACGGCGGCGGAGCUGGAGCCCGCAACCCUCUGAGUAUGAUGGCAGUGAAGAGGACAUGUUUGGUGGUUAUGAUAGUUUUGCUGAAAACUCUUUUUUAGCUCAAGUAGAUGAUUUAGAACAAAAAUAUAUGCAGUCUCCUGAGCUUGGAAUAAUUACCACACAACCUGCUUUUGAAAAGCUUUGUUCAAAAAGUACAGAGACCAGUGAAUUUAAUAUUAUUGCAACUGACAGUAACUUGCCUGAAGUUAAAUCUCAGGAUUACUGCUAUUCCCCAAAGACUUCAAGUGUACAAGAAAAUGUGACCAUCGAACCUGGAGAUGACCUUUUACAUGAUGUACCAUGCUCACAGGCUUUAUAUUUUGAAAAAACGAAGGACUCUACCAGUGAUUUGAAUAACCCAUCUGCUAAAGAAAGUUACCCCCUCCCUUCACACCAGACUUUGAAAGAAACACCUGUGGAACAGCCCCAGGAAAAGAAAAAAUUGUCUCCUAAGAGCCUAGAAUCUGAUAUAAGCAGGAGAAGAAGCCUUAAAGAUUGUUUGAAAAGUGCCAUGACAGGAAAUGCCAAAGCCCAGACACCCAAAUUUUCUAAGAGGGAGCAGCUGAAAGAAGCUAUCCUAUCUGAAGAGAUUAAUGUUGCUAAGAAAACAAUGGAAUCUUCUUCUGAUGACCUAGGUCCAUUUUAUUCAUUACCCAGCAAAGUUAGAGACUUGUUUGUGCAAUACAAGGGGAUUAAACAGUUAUAUGAUUGGCAACAUACUUGUUUAACAUUGACCUGUCUACAGCAGAGAAAGAAUUUAAUAUAUUCAUUGCCAACCAGUGGUGGAAAAACUCUUGUAGCUGAGAUUUUAAUGCUUCAGGAAUUGCUUUGUAGGCAGAAGAAUGUUUUGAUGAUUCUACCAUAUGUAGCUAUCGUCCAAGAAAAGAUUUCAAGCUUGUCAAGUUUUGGAGUAGAGCUGGGUUUUCUUGUUGAAGAAUAUGCUGGAAGUAAAGGAAGAUUUCCUCCAAUAAAAAGAAGAGGAAAAAAAUCUUUGUAUAUUGCUACUAUUGAAAAAGGACAUGGUCUGGUCAACUCAUUAAUUGAAGAUGGAAGAAUUAAUGAAUUGGGUCUAGUUGUCGUAGAUGAGUUGCACAUGAUUGGUGAAGGAAGUCGAGGAGCUAUACUGGAAAUUACCCUAGCAAAAAUUCUUUAUACUAGCAAAACAACUCAAAUCAUUGGCAUGAGUGCAACAUUAAAUAAUAUUGAAGAACUACAAGAAUUCCUGAAAGCAGAGUAUUAUACUAGUAAAUUUAGACCAGUAGAGUUAAAAGAAUAUCUGAAAAUAAAUGAUACUAUCUAUGAAGUUGACAUCAAAACAGAGAAAGGCUAUACUUUUUCUCGUCUCCUUAAAUGCAAGUAUUCUGAUAAUCUUAAGAAGAUGGAUCCUGAUCAUUUGGUUGCUUUGGUGACUGAAGUUAUUCCUAAUUAUUCCUGCUUGGUUUUUUGCCCUACUAAGAAAAACUGUGAAAAUGUAGCAAAUAUGAUUUGCAAGUUUUUGAAUAAGGACUAUCUAAAACACAGGGAAAAAGAAAAAUGUGAUUUCCUUAAAAACUUGAAGAAUGUCAGUAAUGGCACCCUGUGUCCUGUUCUCAAGCGCACUAUUCCCUUUGGAGUUGCUUAUCACCACAGUGGCCUCACUAGUGAUGAAAGGAAGAUCAUAGAGGAAGCUUAUGCCAGCGGGGUCCUUUGCCUUCUGACUUGUACUUCAACUUUAGCAGCUGGAGUAAACCUACCAGCACGAAGAGUUAUUUUGAGAGCACCUUAUAUUGCAACGCAGUUUUUAAAGAGGAAUCAGUAUCAACAGAUGAUUGGCAGAGCUGGUCGAGCUGGAAUAGAUACUGUUGGUGAAAGUAUCCUUAUAUUACAGGAAAAAGACAAACACCUGGUACUGGAGUUAGUAAACAGUCCUCUGGAGAACUGUUGUAGCCAUCUUGGGCAAGAAAUCACAAAAGGAAUCCAAAGUUUGCUCCUGUCAUUAAUUGGGCUAAAGAUAACAAGGAACCUUGAAGGUAUAUAUCACUUUAUGUGUGGUACAUUUUUUGGCAUUCAGCAAAAGAGUUUAUCUGAAGAAAAAAGUCUUUGGGAUAUAUCUCAGAAAGCACUGGCAAGCCUAAUAGAAAAAGGACUCCUCCAAAAACAAAAUGUUUGUAACAAUGAAGAAGAGUCCCAGUGUGAUUUACAAAUCACAAAGUUAGGGCGGGCCUCUUUAAAAGGAACUUUAGACUUGGCUUAUUGUGGCCUUCUGUACAAAGAUUUAAAGAAAGGCCUUGAAGGACUGGUGCUUGAAAGCUACCUUCAUCUUAUCUAUUUAACAACUCCAUAUGACAUGGUUUCUCAGUGUAGACCAGACUGGAUGAUAUAUCUCAGUCGGUUUAAUCAUCUCAGUUCAGCUGAACAAAAGGUAGCAGCAAUUGUUGGAGUAACUGAAGGUUUUAUUACAAAGAAAGCCUCAGGUCAAGCUAUUAAAAAGGAUGUAGACAAGGACAUUGUCAACAGGUUCUAUCUCUCCUUUGUUCUUUACGCAUUGCUUAAAGAGACCAAUGUCUGGAGUGUAUCAGAAAAAUUUAAUAUGUCUCGAGGAUAUGUACAAACCCUUUUAAGUGGAGCAGCCUCAUUCUGCUCUUGUGUGCUACACUUCUGUGAGGAGCUAGAGGAGUUUUGGGUUUAUAGGGCCCUCUUGACAGAGCUUACCAAAAAGCUGUCUUACUGUGUGAAGGCAGAUCUGGUCCCUCUCAUGGAAGUAGCUGGAGUUUUAGAGUCCAGAGCAAAACAGUUAUAUGAUGCGGAUUACAAAACUGUUGCACAUUUAGCUAAUGCAGACCCUGAAGUGCUGAUAAGAACCAUUAAUCAUUUAUCACGACGUCAGGCUAACAAAAUUGUUUCAUCAGCAAAGAUGCUAUUAAGUGAAAAAGCAGAAGCUCUAAAAGAAGAAGUAGAAGAGCUGCUGAGGCCGCCACCUGAUAUUCCUGGGACCAUUGCCCCUUCCUCCAAGAGCCAUGAACUCACCCAAUGACAUUAUGAUGUUCCUGGGACUGUAGCCCGAUCCUAAGAACCAUGAACUUACCCAAUAACAUUGUGGUGUUCCUGGGACCAUAGCCCCAUCCUAAGAACCAUGAACUCAACCAGUGACAUUCCCCACUAAUUUAUUUUUUUAAUAAAUGUGUGUGGUAUUAAAAUAUAUAUUUUAUUACUCCUUAUUCAAAUGUGAUUUUCAUUUGAAUAUACCUCUCAUCUGUAUUAUUGUAAUAGCCACAAACUCACCUUCCUGCCCCCCAGUCUUUGCUCCUUCUUGUGCAUCCAACACAUUGCUCCAGAAUAAUCUUCUUAAACAUGACAUCUGGUCAUCACUUCCACUGGUCAAAUGCCUCCAUGACCCCUUUUUUCUUACCAAAUAAAAGACCUACCCCUUUCUUACUCAGAGCUUCCUAUAAUCUGAUCCUAAACUACGUAAUCCUAAACUAGCCUAGUCUCCUAUAGUGGGAGAGUAUCAGUUAAUAUUAUUCUAUACCUACCCUACAUUUUGGCCAAACUGAGUGAACUGUCAUGGCCUGUGUUUUUCAAUUUUUUCAUCUUUGCUCAGACCAGUUUCCUGUAUCUGGAAUAUUGUCUGCACAUCAUCCUUUAAUACGUAGUGAAAUGACAUCUCUUCCCUGAUGAAGAGUAAAUCCCCCAAUGAAGCACUUUUGGUAAUGAAAUUAUAUGUAUGUAUGCCUUUGUUAUCUCCAUUAGCUUCCUAUUUUUAGUGCUCUUCCAAGUGUAUAAAAGUAGAUAGCACCAAAGGGGAGGGGUCCCUGAUUGUCAUAAGGAAGAUCUUGGACCCAAUUAAUUAGGGACCACCACUAUCCCUAAUAAAUUGAAUAUGCUGGAGCUUGGUCUCAGUGGCUUUUGUUUCACAUUGGAAUUUUAUGGCCCAUCCUUCCUAAGGUUGUUAUAAGGACUAAAUCAGAAAAAAUUGUAAAGUGCUUGGCACA